AUAGCUACCGCUAGGGCUGAAACCAGCAGCACACAGUGGUUUAGACAACACCUAGCCAGGCAUCCUUCCUAGCUUGCCAUGGAUCCAUAUCACUACGAAAACAUCCAUGACCCACACGGCUACAGCUUUCCCGUCCACUCGCAGCCGCCUCUCCUCCUCCACCACUACCCGGCCGCCGCGCUCGCGGAGAGCCGGGUCAGCAGGGGCGGUGCCGGACGGCGCCGCCCCGGCGCGAAGCUCUCGACUGACCCCCAGAGCGUUGCGGCGCGGGAGCGUCGGCACCGGAUUAGCGAUCGCUUCCGCGUGCUCCGCAGUCUCGUGCCCGGCGGCAGCAAGAUGGACACCGUCUCCAUGCUGGAGCAGGCCAUCCACUACGUCAAGUUCCUCAAGGCGCAGGUCAGCCUGUACCAGGCCGCACUCGUGCAGCACGAGGAGGGCUGCGGCGGCGUCGGCCAUGGCGAGUUCGCCGGCGGCGCUGGCGAGGUGACAGCGAUGGAGCUUCCGGCAGCGCAGGCCCUGCAGGAGGUGAUGAGCUGCUACUACGCCGGAGCGCAUCAGGUGGAAGAGCUUGAUCUAUGCGCGGGGCAGAUGAGCAGUAGUUCUCACGAUCUGCCUCCGUUGCCUUCCUGCGUCUUCGACGAAGAGUCUGCGGCCGCGUGCUACUCCGGGUGCAGCCUCCAAGCCGAGGAGAUCGCUCACGCUCACGGAUCUUAUUAGCCUAGUUAUUUAGCCACUCGCUAUUAGUAUUGCAUGCAGUAGUAAUGAUUAAGUGAUUAUGCAGUUUGCCUACCCAAGUAUGUGUGUCAGACGCUUAGAUCCGUAGCUGCUAUCUCUAGUUCUCUACCUAAUUAGCCUAAUUAGGUCUUGCCGUUGUAUGGCACUGGCAGCAAUUUCCUCUUUGGUGCAUGCAUGCAUGCUUCUGUUGUUCUGUUGGUCGAUCAAUGUGAUUGUGAUCACGGACGACAGACUUAGUUUCUUGCCUCCAUGUUUACUGCCAUUCUUAUUCGCCCAGUCACAACUUUAUCUUCAUAUUCUGAUCCAGACUAGUAGUAUGUUUGCUCCAUAUUUCGU